AUGCAGGGUAAAAAUGAGGUAGGACCACAAAUAAACUCAGGGGCAAGAAGGCAGGAGCAACGUGGGAUGAGUAAGGGUAUGGCAACAGCGAGGCAGGCGAAAGUUGCUGAUGGCUCGGCACUUGCCAUUCUCGGCACAGCAUCUCUAAUGUGCGAAGCUGACGAAUCACUUCUGGAGGCUCUACCUUAUGGACCAGUUUCCUCCAGACGAGAUGCUCCAUUCGUACCACCAGAGGAUUACCGACGUGAGCUAAAGCAGAGGACCAGUAACGAAACGAAAUUCUUCAACACUCUUCACCAAGCCAGCGUGGGGGCUUUAAUUUGCUGUUACACGGCUGAGCUGCCUAGGCUCUUACGAAGUUAUUACGGUGUAAUUUGCAAGCAGUUUGCGGAUGACAUCAAAGUAUAUAGGAAAAUAGAAGGUAUUGAUGAUAUAAGGAAUAUUCAAAGUUCUUUGGAUUCUAUUUUGCAGUGGUCUAAAUCAUGGAGUCUACCUCUAGCACCCGAGAAGACAGUGUUCAUGAGAAUUGGUGGCUCUAUAUUGCCAGGAGCCUAUAGACUUGGGGAGCAUAUUCUGAAUGAAGUCUCCGCUGUUAAGGAUCUUGGCUUCCAUUAUGCGUAUAACAAGCUCAGUUUCUCUGAUCACUACGAGUCCAUCUUCAGGAAAGCGACUUUCCGCAGGUACCAGAUUUUUAAGGGUUUGACAGUUAACGAUAAAGAAGUUCUGAUCAGGGAAUACAAAACGUAUGUAAGUCCAAUUGCAGAAUGCGGUGUGUCAGUUUUUUGCCCUUGUAAGAAUAAAGACGUGAAUUACUGGAAAAAAUUCAGGAUAAUUAUACCCGUAAAAUAUAUAUUAAGUCGGGGCAGCACUACGGCUAACGUGGCUGGGUCAACCGAAAUCUGGUGUAUUGUAGCAAUCGCCGAUUCCAGAACAACAGAAGGACCCUGA